AUGCUCCUGCUGGCCGUGUUUGUUACUCCGCUCAAUGAUCUUACUAGUGACUUCUCCAAAUUUCAGGAAAUGAUUGAAACCACUAUGGACAUGGAUCAGGUGGAAAACCAUGAAUUUUUGGUAAAGCCGUCCUUUGAUCCCAACUUGACAGAACUGAGAGAGAAGAUGGAUGGACUGGAGAAGAACAUGCAGGGAUCUCUUAAUAGUGCGGCCAAGGAGUUGGGAUUGGAUGCUGGAAAAAGUAUUAAACUUGAAUCCAAUGCGCAGCUUGGUCACUAUUUUCGUGUGACCUGCAAGGAAGAAAAGGCUCUGAGAAACAAUAAGAAGUUCUCCACCAUUGACAUUCAGAAGAACGGAGUGAGAUUCACCAACAGUAAGUUGAGUUCAUAUAACGAGGAAUACAUGAGGUACAGAGAGGAGUAUGAAGAGGCUCAGAACGCCAUUGUGAAAGAAAUCAUCAACAUCUCUGCUGGUUACGUGGAUCCAAUUCAGACACUGAACGAUGUAAUAGCUCAGCUAGAUGCCAUUGUCAGCUUUGCCUUUGUUUCUAAUGGAGCGCCAGUACCAUAUGUUCGUCCUAUCAUCCUGGAAAAGGGACAGGGACGUAUAGUGCUGAAAUCUGCCAGACACCCAUGUAUUGAAGUGCAGGAUGAUGUGGCGUUCAUUCCCAAUGACAUAACAUUCGAGAAGGAGAAACAGAUGUUCCAUAUUAUCACUGGUCCUAAUAUGGGUGGAAAGUCCACUUAUAUCCGCCAAACUGGAGUAAUAGUCCUCAUGGCCCAGAUUGGAUGCUUUGUACCAUGUGACUUUGCGGAGGUGAGCAUUGUGGAUUGCAUUCUUGCUCGAGUUGGAGCUGGGGACAGUCAGCUCAAGGGAGUGUCAACCUUCAUGGCUGAGAUGUUGGAGACGGCUUCGAUCCUCAGAUCAGCAACCGAGAACUCUCUGAUCAUCAUUGACGAGCUGGGCAGAGGCACCUCCACCUAUGACGGUUUUGGCUUGGCCUGGGCAAUCUCUGAGUACAUCUCUACUAAAAUCCAGGCGUUUUGUUUGUUUGCCACUCACUUCCAUGAACUAACCGCUCUGGCUGAUCAGGUGCCAACUGUGAACAAUUUACAUGUCACGGCACUUACAACAGAUGACACCCUGACCAUGCUCUACAGAGUCAAGAAAGGUGUCUGCGAUCAGAGCUUUGGAAUACAUGUAGCAGAGCUGGCUAACUUUCCGAAGCAUGUAAUCGAAAAUGCCAAAGCAAAAGCAUUAGAGUUGGAGGAAUUCCAGUUCGUUGGGGCUUCAGCAGACUCUGAGGAUGAACCAGCCUGCAAGAGACGCUACAAAGAAAAAGAGGAAGGGGAGAAGAUAAUUCAAGAUUUUCUCACCAAAGUGAAAGCUCUUCCACUUACUGAAAUAUCUGAGCAGGAAAUAAAAAACAGACUGAAUCAGCUGAAGGCUGAUGUUCUAGCCAGGAAUAAUGGUUUCGUCAAUGAAGUUAUCUGCCGCACAAAAGCUGCAUGCUAA